AGUCAGCGUUGAAACGGUAUCGGAGUCGGUCACGAAUUUUGUGCGGUGCUCGCGGUGGCAUUUUUUUAACCAGUGCCCUCUCCCUUAGUGGUCGCGUAGGCGCAAAGUAACGCAACGCGGUAUAGUGGUAUCGCGAACAAAGGCCAAAAAACCGCCAAAAUCCGCAGUUUGGAAAACCCUACCAUCCGGAAAUUCUCGGUGACUUCCCCAACGGCAGAAAGAAAAAGAAUUCGGGAAGUGCUCGGUGUGUGCCAAUCUCGGUUGCAGUAACCUCGUAGGCGUAGUAACGCCGGCAAUCCGGCCACAUCGGCUCCAGAGAUUUCUCCACUGCACUCUACUGAUCGAAAGCUUACAACAACCCCGGUGCCGGUGCUUUUUUCGCUGUUCGAUUUUUAUCUUUAUCUUCGUGGAAACGAAAGGACACGCUUAGUGGCAGGAUCCAUCGAGCAGUCAGAUAGUCACAUAACGGUGUUUUCUGUGGAUAGCGAACGUGCGACAGUGUGAGAGACAGGUUCGAUCCGCGCUCCCUUUCCCUUCAGGUCCAGUGCUGCGCCAUUUGGCAAAUCAUCUCGGUUGCAACAAUAAUAUAAAAGAAAGGGUUCAACCGGGGGCCACCUUCCACACUUCCCUGGCAAUUGCAAUUGCUUCCAACUUCGCUCAGCCUUCGCUCGACGGGCAAAACGGACUCCAAAAUCAAGCGCGCGCGCGCGGGCGUGACGGUGUGUGUUUGUGUGUACCGAUCGGAAGCAGGCAGGUGGAGGGUGUGUGCCGGGGCGCGGUGUGAUGAGAAUGAUCGCGGUGCGCCGUCACUGAAUGUGGCCGUUAUCUUGUCGGAACGAGCGAUCGGUGGAGAUGUCGCACAGUGGUACCGAACGGACAGCUGGAGCAACGUUGAGCAGUGAACCCGUCGAUGUACCCAUCCUAUUAGUAGCCGCCACUAGCGCCAAGUUACCGUUCGUCUAUAGUGCACCCGUAAGCAGCAGCAGCAGCAGCAGCAGUAGUAGUAGUAGCAGUAGUCGGUGCGCGCAGUAGUAGCACCGAGUACACACAAGGCAUAUUCAUUCGAUUCACGCGGCUUGCCGGCUUGUGCAUAUUGCGCUGGAAAAUUGUUCCCAGUGUCUCGCCAGCCAGCCCUCACCCCUCACCCUUUGGGGCCGCGUGCGGUGUUGUUUGUUCAAGUGUAUUUUUUUUUUCACGCGCCUCGAAGGCCCCUCCUCAACGCAGAAGGCCGGGUCGCGACAAGUGGUUCAAAUUUGUUGGAGAAGCAAACCAGCAGUGUGAAGUUGGCCGGAUGCCGGAAAAAUAAAAAAAAAAACCAGCGAGUGUUUGUGCUUCUGGACACCAAUUCUACUAUCAAACAAUUUGACCCACGAUCAAACCCAAAAACCAAGCAAAAACACCCUUAGUAGUCGGAAGUAUACCACAGUGCGCAGCAAAAGGUGCGUCCUGUUGUGUUUUUUUUCCUGCCGUACCCGUGCGUGUGUUCCAGUGCGUAGUGCAUUUACGUGCGUGUGUGUGUGUGAGUAUUUGUAUGUGCGUGCGUGCAACGGGGGAAUAAAAACAUUACGCAAGCUUCUCCUCCACCCACCCCACCCACACACCGUUGGGUGAACCCAAAUGCGAGCAUCGCCGGCUGCGCAUCGGAUAUUUCUGGUGGAAAAAAAAAGUUCGGUUUCGGUGCACAGGCUGUAGGAUUUCCAAAGUGUGCCCUCGCUGAGUGUGCAAUAUAGAUAAUUUGGCGUGCCUGGUGGGGCCCAAAAGGCAGAAGGAAGAGGAAGAGGGAAAAAGUUCCCCCAAAAGCAGUUGGGUGGUGGAAGAAAUUAACGCGAAACGGAAGCCAGACGAAGCGACGAAAGACAAAAUACGGCGUAAAGCAGAAGCAACUGUGGGAAAGUAUUAUCCGCAGUGCAGAGUGUAAGCGAAGAGGAAGGAAGGAAAAGUAGUAUCCCACUUUUCCGACCGAGCGCUUAAAAAAAAUUUAUAUCACACCACAAGCCACCACCAAUCAACCAAGUAUAGUAACGAAACAAAAGCUCCGCAGGGAAGAAACAAAGCAUAAAGAAGCAUACUUCGAGAAACAGCGAAGAAAAGAAAAUCGAUCGAACCGUGUUUCAUUCUUCGAACCAGCAAACAAGUCUGCAAAUAUCAUCAAGCCCGGUUCUGCUGACGUCCAUUCAAGUGGUAACCAUGAUGAUGGGCACGUCUGGCCAGCAGCAUUGGGAGCUGAUGCCGAAGAUCGACCCGAUCGAGGCGGACGGCAUCGACGUCGAUACGGUGGACGCGUUUCUCGACCCGUCAAAAGACUUCGAGCAUCUGGACUUUGGCGAGCCGGCCGGAGGAGUCGCUGGGGCCGGCGGGAUGGGCCCGGGAGUGAUAGGGGUAGGCGGAAGGGGGGUUGGAGCGUCGGAAACCCUGCCCAGCGGAGGUGCGGCGGCAAUGGCGAACAUGUCCGUUGCCGGUGGUAGCGGUGGCGUUGGCGCCGGGACAGGAACCGGUGCGCUCAACGCAGCCAUGUUCCCGGGCGGUGCGUUCUACGAGGGCCACACGCAGAUGCCGGCGUCCCCGGUCGACCAGAAGUCUCAAAUCAUACACGACUGCAUGUGGGCGGGCAUGUGCGACGACCAGUCGCACCCGGAGAAGAGCGGCGGGUGCAGCCGGUGCGCCCAUCAGCAGCAGCAGCACUAUCGCCAGCAGCUGCAAACUCUCCACCUUCACCAUCACCUUCACCACAGCCAUCAGACAGAGGAGUCGCAAGGGCAGACGGCAGGGAAGGUGUCGACGGCACAGAGGACGUUCUCCACACCGCCGCGGGUGGCCACCAACAACACGAACCAGUUUAGGCCAUCGCCGACCAGUCUGCUCGCGCCGUUCAAGGCGACACAAAGCGCGGCCGAGAUACCGGCCGGAGGUUCACUCCUCAAGCGUCAACAGCAGCAGCAGCAGCAGCAGUUGCAACAGCAGCAGCAACAGCAGCAACCAUCACCAGCUAGUAGUAACCAUAUGCGACAGCUUCCAAUAACACCACCGUCCUCGGAAUACUACUCCCUAGCAUCGUCCGACAGCUCAUCGUCAUCGUCGUCGUCAGCGGCGGGUGGUGGCGAUGGUCCACAAUCGGUUGGCGCGACCCUGCGCGUGCCGUACCUCCCCCGUGGCACCUUCCUCGCCGACAAGGAGCGCCAGGUGUUGGCGUCGUGCGCCUCGCAGCAACACCACGCCCGCCCGGACACUCCGCUCAGCCUGGACGACGAUGCGCCCGAGUUCAAACACAACCUCGACCUCGUUGCCACGUGCACGAUCGGCUCCAACCAGCAGAGCCUUUUGCAGCAGCAACAACAGCACCACACAUCGGCGGCGUCCACCGGCGAAUCUCGCCACGCUGGUGGCAGUAUAGCCACCGCUUCCCAGUCGUCGCCGGUCAGCUGUAGCAGUAGCACGAGUGGCAGUAGUAACGGCAUCGGCAGUUACGGCAGCAGCCCGCGGGCCAGCAUCUCCACCAGCACCAGCACCACCACGAGCGGUCAACAUACGCCGCAGUACUACUACAACUAUCUGCAGGACGCGACGGUGGAGCACAUGCGCUUGAACAAGCUGUGCGAGCAGCUGGUGAUGAUCGACGACCCGAACGUGAUGCCGGGUGGCGGGGGCGCCCAUUGCCAUCCGGACGCGGUGAUGCGCCCGGACUCGCCGGACAACGCGCUCACCCAGCUGCUGUGCGAUCUGCGCGACAUCGAGAUGAAGGACAGCGAGGAUUCGGUACGGGGCAGCCUGUUCGGAGCUGGCGACUGUUCGUCCCUGCUGGCGGGCUCGGGCUCGGGAUCGAUGGUGGGACACGCGGGAGGAGUAGCGAGCGGCACUGCUGCCACGAGUGGUGGUGCGUUAGGGGGUGGCGUUAGCCUCAUCGGUGCCCUGUACCAGCACCGGAUAGCACAGCGUUCCUCGGUUCACCAUAAUCUGUACCUCGGCGGUACGUCAGUGGGCACCGGCAGCAGUCUGCAUCAGUCCGAUCUGCAUCUGCACGACCUACACCAUCAUCAGCAUGUGAGUGCGUGCCGGUGUGAGCAGGUUCCGCACCUGCGGGGAUGCAGUAUGUUCCACCACGGUGGUGUCGGUGUGCGACAACACUUGGCGUCCCGCAAACGCCCGUACACCUGGAUCGACUGCGCGUACGACGACGAAGCGUUUGACGAUGGGGACGCCGAGGAGGACGUGGUGAAGCAGCUCGAGCAGGAGGACGACGACGACGAGCUGCUGUUCGGCACCAACGGCGCCGAGUUCGGCGCGUCGAGCUGCUCCUCGGAGGACGACGACGAAGAUGACGACGAUGAGGAGGAGGAGGACGACGAGGAGGACGAAGAGGAGGAUGAGGAGGACACGUGCUCGGUGGCGAGCAGUGGUGGAAGCGAUCGUCGGCUCGUGGGUCGCCGGACGCGCCGCCCGAUGCAGUCGUACCAGCAUCCGGCGUCGGCCGUCCGGAGUCGCAGCCAUCACCGGCAGCACCAGCGGCGCCGGGCCGCGCUCGUCGUGCCCGCCUCCCGCCCCUACGACGCAAGCGCCACCCGCAAGUCGCGCAAAUCAAAACAGCAGAAGCCGCAGAAGAAGCAGCUCGGCGCGGAGGUGUCGUACAUCGCUACCGAGGUGCACGUGACGACCGCACCGUCGUCGCCCAACUCGUCCACCGACCAUCACCUCGGUGCACCGAUCGCACCCAACCACUCCGAAUGCCACCAGGCGACGCACGUCGGCGACCACAGCUACACCCGGCCGAAGGGUCGCUUCAUCAUGAACGAGCUGGGCGUCCAGACGCCGUCCGAUUCAGAGGAAGAAAUCGACGUGGUGUCGAUCGGUGAUAAGAACCUCCCGACCAACCCAACCGCACGCAACCGGCGGCACCUGGAGUCGGAGGUGGCGAGCAAGAUUCGCACCGCGUCCUCCCGCCCACCGAACGGGGCGCUCCACUACGACCGGCACGGAGGCAGCAGCUACCAUCACCACCAUCACCACCACCACCACCCGCACCAUCGCCAGCAGACGCCCCAGCACGGGCACGACGAUGUGGUUGGUGGGUCGACGCGCGGUCAGCCGCUGCUCGGUGGCAUGUAUCCGACGCCCGCGGGCUCGACGACGAUAUCCGGUGCGAACACGCCGCUGCCGACCGGAAGCGGAUGCCACAGUGCCGCCUCGUCGCCCCCGCCCCCGGUCGCUGCGCCGUCGUCGAUGUCGCGUCGCCGCACGCACGGUGCCGCCGGUAACAAGCGCGGCACGAGCGGAGCGGCCGGUGGCCCGUCGACGAAGCGGAUGCGCCAGCACCACAGCAAGCGCUCGUCCAACGGCCACGAAGGGCGGUCGGGCGCGGAUAGCGCUGGCGGGACGCCGCACGACGAGCUGGACACGGCCGAGAAGCGCAACCUGCACAACGACAUGGAGCGGCAGCGGCGCAUCGGGCUGAAGAACCUGUUCGAGGAGCUGAAGCGCCAGAUACCGAACCUGCGCGACAAGGACCGCGCGCCGAAGGUGAACAUCUUGCGCGAGGCGGCCGCCCUCUGCAACCGGCUGAACCGCGAGUCCGACCAGAUCAACGAGCUGCGCCAGCACCAGAAGAAGCUGUACGAGCGCGUGCGCUUCCUGCGCUCCUCCAUGCACACCCAGCGCGCCCAGCACGCCACCCCGGUGGCCGAGUAAGAAGGUGAGCGUUUGGGGGGUGAAGGGUUGAUCGCGCGAAGAUGGCCAAAACCAGUGAAGUAGAGCAGGGAUUCGAUAGACGAUAUCUAUAACAAACAAACAUACAUACAUACAUAUAUAUCUAUAUAUCCUUAUAUACAUGCCACCUUUACACCUCAUUUAUAAUGCAAUUUCGUUGUCAAACCAUAUUUGUCCUUAUAUUUGUUAGCGUACAAUUAUAAUUACUUUCCAUCGCAAACUCCGAGCACGAUAGUGUGGAAACCGAUGGUGGGUAGGCAUUUAAUUGUUGAAUUCUAUACGAAAAUCAUCAUGAUUGAUAAAGGAAAAAGAUGAAAUAGAGAGAGAGAGGGAGAGAGAGAGAGAUGGAGAAGGAGUGAUAUGUGAGUGAGAAGGAGAGAGAAACAAAACAAAUAGUUCCUGUAUAUUUUUUUUUCCUCCCCAUUUUGAAAUUGAGAAUUUUGCUAGCAUUUAUUAUUUUUACUCAUAACGAAUUGGAGCAGCAAAACCCUAGCGAUAUAAGCACACACACACACACACACCCACACAUACCGAGCAGGAUUGAACCCAAUCCCGCAGCAUCAAACUCCUCCACCCCACGACACACAAUAGGCACACAAAAGAUCGGUGCAACUGAACGUCAUAUUAAUCAGUCUGGACUUGUAUAAGGAUAAUCGCGUGUGUGUGUGUGUGUGCGUGAGUGUGGCUGGCAAAGCACAGCAGUACGGGCUAGGGAUGGUUGUACAUAGGUAGCUGCGUAAGGAUAGCAUAAGUAACAAGUGUUUUCUUGGCCCAUUGUUGAUAAAGAAGAGAAGAAAAAAAACAUGGCUAGCAAACACGCUUGUAGUAAGUCAACCUUUACAAAUGAUGGCACGACGGUGGGGCGGGAGGAGAGGGUUGAGGAAGUGAGAUGUGGAAGUCAAAGGAGCAUUUACGUUUGGAGGAUGACUGCACUAGUUUACCGUUUUGUAUGUAAGUUUAAAAACAUGAUCAAUGCUAACACCGGCGCAUACAUACUACGCAGUUCGCAAGUCUGUGUAUGUGCGUGCGUGUGUGUGAGGGUGCGCCAGAAACGCAAUCAAGAGCUCUAUUUUCUUUAGUUCUUACUAUUAGGUAGUUUUUUUUCUAAUUGACUUUUCUUGAACAAUAUUUUCUUAUUAUAUUUCGCUAUCAAUGUAUGAGUUGGCAGAGCCUUCGAUGUGCUUAGCUUAGGAUGUUGUGAGGAAAGAUGAGGCAGUAGGAGUACGAAGGGGGGUGGAGAAGUGUCGGGCGAGAAGGGCUAUUGCGUCGUGGGCGGAAGGAUCGUUCGUUCUUCUCGCCCGGCAUGCAACUAUGUGUUCAUUUCUUGUUACGAUAGGUAGGAAGCGAGAGGGGGGGAGGGUCGUGCCGUGCGCUAGCGGAAGCGGUGGUAGUAGUGAUAGGCAAUUAGUUAUUCCUAGGU